AUGGCUCCAAACGGAACUCUUCACGACUUCACACACCUCCAAGAUGUCAUGGGCAACUUGCCUAUGCUAAAACGGUACAUUGUGCUAUGUUUAUGCUUUCGUCUUCCAGAAACAUAUUCUUCGAAUGAAAUCGAAAGCACGUUGGCGGUUGGCCUGCUGCGGCUCGCGAAGGCCUUUCCCUUCCUCGCAGGACAAGUCAUUAUGGAAGGGCGGCGUCAAGGCUGCAGCGGCAGACCAAAGAUCAUCCCUCUCGACGAAAGAAUAAGCCUAAACGUCAACGACAUCAGAGAGAGCCACCCUGCAUUUCCCAGCUUAUCAGAAUUAAGUACUACAAAAUAUCCAUUCACCUCCCUCGACCCAGCUAUCAUCCUCCCGCCAAUUGCCUCUUCGUGGCCCGAAGAUCCCAAUGACUUCAGUCAAAUCGCACCAGUCCUCAUUCUACAGGCCAACCUUGUCCAUGGUGGGCUCCUACUCACGUUCUCCUGCAACCACAUGACCGCAGACAUGACGGGCAUGGGGAUGAUCAUCUCACUUUUCGCCAAAGCUUGUCGUCUGGAGUGCUUCACCGACGAGGAGAUCGAACAGGGCAACCAGCCACGGGGGAACAUCGUGCCACUACUUGGAGACGAAUAUGAACCCAGCAACGAGCUCGAAGACGUCAUGGUCAGCCCCCUUAGGAUGGAGGAGAAGAACAACCCAGCGAACUGCUCAGAGGCGGCCACGAAGCCCAAACCCGCGUCGACCGCGGUGUGGGCAUAUUUCACCAUCACCUCGUCGAAUUUGGCUCGCCUCAAGACCGCUGCGAGUCACCAAACUCUCGUACCAUAUAUCACCACGGACGACGCCGUGGGUGCUCUGUGCUGGCAGGCCAUCCUACGAGCUCGUGCCAACCGACUGGGGUCCCACGCCACGUCGACCUUUGCCCGCCCGAUCAGUGCGCGCAGGUAUCUUGGCCUUUCCUCCCUCUACUUGGGCCAUAUGGUCGACGUUGUCUACGGCUCGAACGUUGACGUGUACGAGCUACCCCUUGGGGAUGUCGCGGCGCGCUUGCGCAUGCUGCUUCAGAGCGACGAGAAAAUCACACGCCACGUACGUGCGUUUGCGACGAUGCUCGAUCGCGUCGACGACAAGAAUCAGCUAGUGAAUGUCACGCAAACGUCGGGUGCUGUCAGAAGUCGUUCGGGGAGGUGCUUGGAAUGCCAUGUUGCGAGACGGCCGAGGAUGGGUGCUGCUCCAAGUUUGCUUUAUCUCAUGCCCAAAGACAAAGAUGGGGGUAUGGCUGUUGCGAUGUGCUUGAACGAUGAUGACCUCAUGGCGCUCAGAAAGGAUGAGGAUUUCAUAAAAUUUGCAGACUAUGUUGGCUAA